AAACACCCACAUUCAGCAUUCAGCAUUCAGCAUUCAGCUGAAGUUUGGAUCGAGCGAGAGGGAGGCAAGGGAGAGUGUGAGAAGGAUCACAAAGGCACUGGCAGUCUCUCUCGGGAUUCUCUGGAGAAAAUAGAAAACAAUACACUUGUUACGGAAGGUCUGCUGAGCACCGCACCCACACACAGUGAUAAGAAUGCAGGUCUUUGGGCUCAGGAUAAGGACCUGGCUUCCUUUGACUUUCUUAGCAGUGACAGCCCACUUUGCCAGCCAGGCGCAGGGUCAAGUUGCUUCUCCAACAAGACUACAAUUUAAUAUACUGUCUGAAGACAGUGUUCAGAUUAGAUGGAAAGCCCCAAGAGGGAAAGUUCAAGGAUAUAAAUUAAGUGUAACCCCGGUUAAAGGUGGAACAACACAAGAAUUACACCUCCAAAAAGGUGAUAACACUGCAAUUAUUCAGGGUCUCAUUGCAGACCUGGAAUACUCAGUAAAUGUUAUUGCAAUAAGCCGAAACCAAGAAAGUGAACCUGCACAAGGGAAAUUCACAAUUAAAAUCUCAAAAGAAACCAGUGAAGAGGUGUCUUCAGAGACACAGACAUUAAGGGAAGACACCUCCUCAGCAGAGAGUGACAAUGAAAUAUUAGGAGGGGAGCAGUAUAUUUGCAAAACAGCAGCGAUUGCAGAUAUUGUUCUGCUUGUUGAUGGCUCCUGGAGUAUAGGCAGGAUUAACUUCAGGCUGGUUCGGUCCUUCUUGGAAAACCUGGUCAGCGCCUUCAAUGUUGGCUCUGAUGAAACCAGAGUAGGUCUUGCCCAGUACAGUGGAGAUCCCAGAAUAGAAUGGCACUUGAAUGCCUUCAAUUCAAAGGAAGCGUUGAUAGAUGCUGUCAAGAAUCUGCCCUACAAAGGAGGGAACACACUAACAGGUCUGGCAUUGACAUACAUUUUGGAGAACAGCUAUAAGCCUGAAUCUGGUGCUAGGCCUGGUGUGCCCAAGAUCGGUAUCCUGAUCACAGACGGCAAGUCGCAAGAUGAUGUUAUUCCACCAGCAAAGAGUCUACGAGAUGCAGGCAUUGAGUUGUUUGCUAUUGGUGUGAAAAAUGCUGAUGAGAGUGAACUGCGGGCUAUUGCUUCUGAUCCUGAUGAGUCCCAUGUCUACAAUGUAGCUGAUUUCAAUAUUAUGAGCUCUAUUGUGGAAAGCCUGACCAAGACUGUGUGUGACAGAGUUGAAGAACAAGAGAAGGAAAUUAAAGCAAUAUACAAUGUCACUGCGUCUUUGGGAGCCCCUCAAGAUCUUGUUACAUCCGAAGUGACAGCCAGAAGUUUCCGAGUCAGCUGGAUCCAUGCGCCUGGAAAUGUGGAGAAAUAUCGAGUGGUUUUCUACCCUUCCAGGGGAGGACAGCCGGAGGAGGUGGUUAUCGAUGGAACAGAAAACACUGUAGUGUUGAAAAACUUGAUGUCCUUGACUGAAUACCAAAUUGCUGUGUUUGCAGUGUAUACCAGCGCUGCCAGUGAGGGCCUUAGGGGCAGUGAAACAACAUUGUCUCUGCCUAUGGUCGAUGACCUCAAGCUGUACGAUGUAACCCACAACAGCAUGAGAGCCAAGUGGAAAGGGGUGCCAGGAGCUUCUGGUUACAUGAUCUUGUACAGCCCACUAACAGAAGCAGAUGUAGCUGAUGAGAAGGAGGUGAAAGUCCCAGAUUCUGUGACAGAUAUAGAACUGGAUGGACUGACUCCCAGUACUGAGUACACUGUGACACUGUAUGCUGUGUAUGGGGAGGAAGCCAGUGACCCUAUGACAGUACAAGAAACUACAUUGCCACUAAGCCCCCCUAGAAACCUGAGGUUUUCAGAGAUUGGACACAGCAUUGCCAGGGUUACGUGGGAUGCUGCUUCAAAGAACGCAAGAGGGUAUCGCAUAAUGUACGUGAAGUCUGACGGAUCAGUAACUAAUGAGGUAGAAGUUGAUCAAAUCACAACCAGCUUACUGAGACAAUUAGCAUCCCAGACAGAAUACACAGUCGCCAUCUUCUCAAUCUAUGAUGAAGGGCAGUCCGAGCCUCUGACAGGAAGUUUCAGUACAAAGCCAGUACCAUCUCCGCUCAACCUCAAGCUCAGCGAUGUGUCUAGAAACAGUUUAACAGUCAGGUGGCAACACGCUGCUCCGGAUAUCGUCAUGUACAGGCUGUCUUGGGUUCCCACAGUUGGUGGAGAAGCAAGAGAGCUUGUUCUUAGCGGAGAUGUGGAUACCCAGGUCCUCGAUGGUUUGUUACAAAGAACUGAAUAUGAGGUGUCGCUCUCUGCUAUUUUUAAAGAUGAAACAGAAAGUGAUGCUGUUGCUGUUCUGGGAACAACACUUGUCCGCAGUGCAGUCAGAAAUCUUGCCGUGGGCAAUGAAACUACAUUCAGUCUGCAGGUGACCUGGGAUCCUCCAGACCAAAACGUCCAUCAGUACAGAGUGUCCUAUGUGUCUUUGAGAGGAGAUCGAGAUGAAGAAGCGGUGAUGGUGCCUGGAAAAGAGAACACCCUCCUCCUUCAGCCUCUGCUCUCUGACACAGAGUACAGGGUGACUGUUACUCCUGUCUAUGCGGAUGGAGACGGAGUCAGCUCCUCUUCUGAAGGACGAACCUUGCCACUUUCUGCACCCAGUAACUUGCGGGUCUCUGAAGAGUGGUACAAUCGCUUCCGCAUCACAUGGGAUGCGCCUCCUUCACCCACCAUGGGCUACAGAAUUGUCUACCAGCCUCUGACUGCCCCAGGUCCAGCUCUAGAGACGUUUGUAGGAGAUGAUGUUAACACCAUGCUGAUCCUUAAUCUCCUCAGUGGAACAGAAUACAAUGUCAAGUUGAUAGCUUCCUACACAACAGGCUCCAGCGACGCACUCACAGAAAAAGCAAAAACACUGUACCUGGGUGUGACAAACCUAAACACUUACCAAGUUGAAAUGACCAGCAUGUGUGGACAAUGGCAGCCUCAUAGACAGGCUACACUGUACAGAGUGAUGAUCGAGUCCCUGGUUGAUGGAAAGAAAGAGGAAGUGACCCUUGGAGGUGGAGCGUCCAGACACUGUUUCUAUGACCUGAUGCCCAACACCCAGUAUAAAAUAACUGUCUACGCCCAGCUUCAAGAAAUGGAGGGACCUGCUGUCACUGUAAUGGACAAAACAUUUCCUGUCCCAACUGAGCCACCAACCUCACCUCCAACCACCACCCUUAUUCCCACAAUUCCUGUUGCCAGAGAAGUAUGCAAAGCUGCUAAAGCUGACCUGGUGUUCUUGGUGGAUGGGUCUUGGAGUAUUGGAGAUGAUAACUUCCUCAAAAUCAUCAAUUUCCUCCACAGCACAUGUGGAGCUCUUGACAAGAUCGGUCCCGAUGGCACUCAAGUUGCCAUUGCUCAGUACAGUGAUGAUCCCAGAACAGAAUUCAAACUCAACUCCUAUAACAACAAAGAAACACUCCUGGAGGCCAUUCAGCGCAUUUCAUACAAAGGAGGAAAUACCAAGACAGGCAAAGCCAUUCAGCAUGUCAAAGAGCACAUCUUCACUGUGGAAGGUGGUCUAAGGAGAGGUGUCCCCAACGUCCUGGUGGUUCUUACUGAUGGACGAUCCCAAGAUGAUGUUAACAAAGUUACAAAGAAUAUGCAGAUGGAGGGCUUUGUUAUCUUUGCUAUUGGUUUUGCUGAUGCAGACUAUGGGGAGUUGGUGAACAUUGCAAGCAAGCCCAGUGAAAGACAUGUAUUCUUCGUUGAUGACUUAGAUGCAUUUCAGAAAAUAGAAGAACAGCUAAUUACUUUUGUCUGUGAGGCUGCUUCUACAACCUGUCCCUCUGUUCUAAUGAGUGGCAACACCUUAGCAGGUUUCAGGAUGAUGGAGAUGUUUGGACUUGUUGAAAAGCAGUAUGCAUCUGUUUAUGGUGUCUCUAUGGAACCUGGAACGUUCAACAGUUUCCCAUGUUACAGACUGCACAAGGAUUCCCUCAUCUCACAACCAACUAAGUAUCUGCACCCUGAAGGGCUGCCCUCUGAUUACACUAUUACUGUCCUUUUCCGUAUUCUGGCUGAGACACCCGAGGAGCCCUUUGCCCUCUGGGAGAUCCUCAACAAAGACAAUGAGCCCUUGGUUGGAGUAAUCCUUGACAAUGGAGGAAAAACUCUUACUUUUUUCAACUAUGACUACAAGGAGGAGUUCCAGACUGUGACAUUUGACAGUCCUGAAAUCAAGAAAAUUUUCUAUGGAAGUUUUCACAAGAUGCAUGUUGCUAUCAGCAAGACCACUGCCAAGGUCAUUAUCGACUGCAAACAGGUUGGAGAGAAGGCUAUCAAUGCUGCAGGUAACAUCACCACUGAUGGUGUGGAAGUUCUGGGCAGAAUGGUGAGGUCCAGAGGGAAAAGAGAAAACUCUGCUCCGUUACAGCUGCAGAUGUUCGACAUAGUUUGCUCCACAUCUUGGGCCAGCAGAGACAAGUGCUGUGAGAUCCCAGGACUGAGAGUUGAAGCAGACUGCCCAGCCAUGCCACAUGCCUGCACCUGUUCUCAGGACAGCAAAGGACCUGAAGGUCCCUCUGGACCACCGGGUGCACCAGGUAUCAGGGGCCCAAGAGGGGAGCGUGGAGAACUUGGCCCAGUGGGACCAGAAGGGCCUCGUGGUGAAGUUGGCUCCACUGGACCUCAGGGACCUCCCGGCCCUCAGGGACCCAGCGGGCUUUCCAUUCAAGGACCUUCGGGUUCCUCUGGAGAGAAGGGGGAAAAGGGUGGUCUUGGUGCUCAAGGCCCACCGGGUGUUCCUGGUCCUGGUGGGUCCCCAGGACGGGAUGGUACACAAGGCCAGAGGGGACUGCCUGGCAAAGAUGGACCCCAAGGACAAAUUGGUCCACCAGGGCCAAUUGGAAGCCCAGGAGUGCCCGGAGCCAUAGGUCAGAGUGGACCCACAGGACACCUGGGUGAACAGGGACCCCCUGGCCCCAUUGGUACAAAAGGAGACAAGGGUGAAAGAGGUGAUAUGCAAGCCCAGGCUGUGGUCCGUUCCAUCGCUAGACAAGUUUGUGAACAGCUAAUUCAAAGUCACAUGGCCAGGUAUGACUCGGUCCUGAACCAGAUCCCCAGCCAGUCUGUGUCGGUGCGUGCGGUGCCUGGACCCCCUGGAGAGCCAGGUCGCCUGGGACCUCGGGGCCCUGCAGGAGAGCAAGGACUGCCAGGCAGACCAGGAUUCCCAGGAAACAACGGCGAACCAGGCAGACCUGGGGAGAGAGGUUUAUCAGGAGACAAGGGAGAGAAAGGAAGCCCAGGCAUCGGUACUCUGGGACCCAGAGGACCACAGGGACCACCAGGACCUCCAGGUGAAGGCCGACCAGGCAGCCCAGGGCAGCCAGGAAGACCAGGCAACCAAGGAACACCUGGACGCCCAGGCAAUCCCGGCUCCACAGGCCAGGCUGGCCCCCAGGGAUACUGUGAUGCCUCAUCCUGUAUGGGUUACAAUGUCGGAGGUGGAUAUGGUAACCCAAGCGAUCGAGUUGUACAGUUACCUCCCAGCUACCCCCAAACACAUGACUCUUACGAGGAGGAGGAGGAGGAGGAGGACCCAUACGCAGGGUAUACUUCCUACCCUCAGCAACCCCAAAACCCCUACCCAGCACCCCGCCCAGUUCAUCCUGAGACAGAUACCACUGAGGUGAGGUCACCAGGAAGCUACCGCGUCUCCAGGAGCAUCGCAAAAAGGAAGGCCAAGUCAACCAACAUGACUCUUUAAAAGCUAAAGCAUGCGUACUAACUGCACAACGGAUAUUUCGAUUUGUAUUUCAUGCUGUAGUCUUAAUGUGGAAUUAUGAAAUGUUUACAGAUUAUUUACUGUAACAUUUUGGAUCAUGCUGGUAAAGGACAAGCCGCAAGUGCCUAAUAGUUUUUAAAAUAAAAUAAAAAAUGAAUGGUUGUACAAGUUUAACGUUUUUUUUUUUGUUCUUUUUCCCAAACCUGCAUGUGGCUUAAUGACUAAAUGCAACAAGAUGAUUAUAUGGACACAUUGUAGAUUUUUGCAGUCCUAUUAUACUUUCUUGUGUAGGAAACCACUUUUGUAUAAUAAUUUUAUGAUGACGUACAGUUUAGUUGUAUUGGGUUUUACAUGUUGACAUUUCGCUACUACAAUAACUUGGAAUUUAGUAUCUAAAGAUCUUUUAUAAUAGCUAAGGUAUUCUUAAGAUUUUUUUGGGAAAACUCAAAAUAGAUAGAAAAAAAAUAACAGUAAUAAUACAAAUUUUCAGAAAUAAUCUGUUUCUCAGCUGUUUGUAACCAUUUCAAAAGGAACAUUUACAUGCAUUGCGAGUGUGUGAAAUUCAGGUUCUUCAGUUCUGGCGAGCUUCUCUUACAUGGUGACAUCAGAUGCUGACUUUGAUGCUGUAAAUCUUAACAUUUAACAGGAAUACUCCAAGAUUACCAAUAAUAAGUGGUGACCAGUUUAAUUUCUAGACUUUUGGUCAGGGUUUACCAUGCUUGCAAUAAACAGGGUAUCUACAAAUGUCGGGAUUAUCUACAAAUGACAAAAAACAGGAAGUUCAGGAACAUGUACAAAUAAGUAAUUUACAUCUGUUAGUUUUGCUAUUUAAUUAUAAUUGUCAGUACAAUAAACACAUUCAGUCAUUGUUUGUUUGUCCCUCACAUGCAGGUACCCAUUAAAAAUCAGGAAUACCAUUUGAGCUAAGUUUAAAGAAUCCAUCAGGACUGUUUUUUUUGGCCCCUGGUAUCCACUGCAGAAAACUGGUGUCAACAUCUACAUUUUAACAUAAUGCAGAACAGAUCUUGAGGAUAUGCAUUUAUGUGUUUUCAAUCUGUCUGAUGUGUUGUCAGUUAUGGCAAUGCUUGUAAAACUUCCAAAAAAAAAAAAAAAAAAAAUUCAAUAAAACAAACUGAAACCUCAAAAGAAUACAUUACAUUUCUUGUUUUUUUUUUUUUUAUGUGAAUGUAUUUUUCGUUUGGGGAGCUUUCAGCAAAUACUUUAAAAUACCACUGGCUUUGUAUACAAUAAUUUUGCCUAUAGGUACAGUAGCCAAAAAACAAAUAAUAAAGGAGUGUACAGUAGAACUUGUAAAGGUAUUCAGAAUAGUUUUUCAAGCUAAUCUAGGAUUUAUUUCUCAUUUGUAUAACCAAU